ACUAGUGAAAAGCAACCAUCAAGUUCAUUGCCUUCACUUACAGUCCGGGCAAGGAAAUGAAAUUUCGAUGUUUUAAGUUACAGAUUUACAACAAUAAUACAAUUUUAUUUAUUUUAUAAGAAGCGAGGAAAGAAUUGACUGUUCGAACGUGCUCAUCGAACAGUGCCUGACAUCGGGGCAGCUGGCGAAACAGCAGGUGGUUGUUAUGGAAGAGAACGGUUGCAAUGCCGUAUCAUUCAGCAUUGCCCCUAUUUCUACUCGGGAUAGUUCGUGCCGCUUUUUCGGCGACUUAUUCAGGUAAUUGCCAAUAUGCUCUUAAUGUGACAAAUGACGGCCCUGUCACUUUAGAUGUCCCAGUCACCAUCUCAGCUCAGCUGGAAUGUGCUGAUCACCAGGCUGAAUAUUUGUACAUUUUCGAAGAUGAUGCCCGGAGAACUAUACAGAUCGUCAGCCAUGACAAAGCUUCGGCGACUUUCAUUUACACAGAUUACAUGGGUUUCCGGACAGUACAAGUGACCACAUAUUUAUUUACUCAUCCUCUUUUCUUGGUGGCUAGUGGGAAAACAGUUUUUCGUAUUGAAGAAUACAUUCCUGGAACUCUCGAUAUCUCUGGCAUUAUAGAACGUAAAGGAAGCCGCAAAUUCUUGAAGAGUGGCGUGAACACGAAUAUCACCGUUCAUCUUCAGUACCCAGAGCAAGUCCUCCGAGACGCGGAGUUCGCGUAUUCCUGGAACAUUGAAGACGAGCACUUCACGACAGAAAAUUCCAAUACUGUGCAACAUCGCUUCACAAAAGCAGGGUCUCAAUGGAUUCGUGUCACCGUUGCGGGCCGCAUACCUUCUUAUACGAACAAAAACAUGUUUAGGUAUAAGUGGGGAUAUUUUGAUGCUGAAGUGACUAUUAAAGACCCUAUCUUCAACAUCAGUAUUAAUGGAAAUACUUACUUGGAACAUGGACAAUUAUUAGAUUUAGACAUCACAUGCAACGGAAGUGGUCCUGUAGAAUAUUGUUGGAAGGUUCUUCCGCCAAAUGAAAACUACACCAAUCUUACGUGUUCUGAUUUGGAUACUGCUACUGACUGUGCCUUUCCGAUCCUCUACUAUUUCCGAGAUUCUGGCGACUACCUUCUUGCCAUCCACGUCAAUAACUUGGUCACUUCUUUGCAGAGAGACGUGGAAGUGCAUAUUUAUGAUGUGUCUUUAAGGCCUGAGCUCUCUACCGUGAUAAUUCCUGUCGUAUGCUCGGUGCUAGUGGUGUUGAUCAUUGCGACGGCCAUCGUUUGGUACAUGAGACGCCAUUCCAACUACGACAUCGAGACGGCGGAUUUCGACUUCCUACAGACGGACGAGUCGGCGGCGGUGGCACUCGAGACCUCCUGGCAGAUCAUGCGGCGAUCUCUGCUGCAGCUCAUCCACCUACGGUGCCUGUGCUAUGCGGUGGACAGGGGAGCGCCCAACGUCAACUACGGAUCAAUUCUGGUAGGCGUAGAAAGAUAAUUCUGUAGAAGAAUGUAAGAAGUCUUCAUUUUUUUUCUCAUCAUACAGUGUUGCCAUUUCAUGGACAAUGUUUUACGAAAUAUGGAAUUAGACUGUGCCUCUGACAGUUGGAUUGUGUUGGACUGAAAAUAUGUUGCAGCUCUUAAAGGAUUGUCAAAUGUUAUAAUUUUGAAUUUUAAAGUCAAGUGUUUUUCAAUAAAAUUUUUAAUGCUAUUUUGUC